UGUUUAAAAAGCAAGAGUCAUUUAUUUAAAUACGCGGUUUACGUUAAUCUUCUUAAAUUUAUUGUCAAUUUAACCAUUGCUUGUUUAUUUUGGUUUUACUCUUUUUAAUAACACAUAACAUUGAAGUUGUAUUUAUUUUUAUUUAUUUAUAUCAAGUGUGGCUACUAUUAUUGAAUAAGAAAAAACAUGUCUAGUGAUUGUGGUCCUCGGUAUCUUCGUGUUAAACGGAAAGCUGAUGAAGAUCCUUGCUACUCUUCAAGACAAUACAAGAGGUGUAAGUUUAUUGCAUCCGUGAAGACUACUCAAUUACAAGAUGUUCUUAAGGUAAUCAACAAUCAGAGCAUCCAGGAUUCUGAUAUUAUUGAUGUAAAUCAAACAGUUGUAGAAGAAGAUCCCCAAUUACACGAAGAGGAAGAGCCAACCUUUAGAGGCUAUGUUUAUGACAUUUAUUGUCUACAAGAUUUGGAUAACAACUUGUACAGUGUAGAUGAGGAAGAUGAAGAAUCAGACAGUGAUUCAAAUGACGAAAAUAAUCCACGAAACGACUAUCCCGAUGAAGAAAGCUAUGAUUAUUCUGAAAUCAAUUUUUACAGGGACUGGGAAGAUGAAGAGGAUUACAAAUUAAGAGAAAAUUUCGAUGACUUUACGGUAAGAGGCAGAGAUGUGGAUGGCUCAUCAAGUGAGGAUUCACUUUCUAGGAACUGUGACGAUGAACCAGAAGAUGAAGAUGAUUUCGAUCCUGAUAAAAUUGAUGUUCCUUUCACUAAAUCUUUGAACAGAGCUUGAAGAGAAAAUCGUUAUCAAAAUCACGAUCAUCCUUCAUCAUAAUAAUUAUCAUAAUGUAUUUUCCCAAUUAAUUCUUCAUUUUUUCACUCAUUCAGUGGAGAUUGUUGUGGUUGCAAACAAGAAAUCAGCUUAGAGCUAUCAUUCCAUGCUAUAUUCUUCAUCUACAUUUUCCUUCUCCUCAAUCACAAAUUUGUCAAUUUAUUUAAAAUAUAAAGGCUCUUCCGAUUUAUAAAUCUGAAUAGUAUCAUUUAUGUAUGUGAUGCGAUGCUCAUUGUUAUAUCAAAUCAAAUUAAGACAUUUGUAUCUUGGUCCAGCAACAUUAAAGCCCAUGGAGAUAAUCUCA